CUGAAACCUGUAAAACACUAUCCAAUAUGCAUAUUAUAAUCAAAUUAAUAGUUUCCAACAAAAAUAUAAAAUUCUAUUGUUAAUUUAUUACAAGGUAUUCAUCUCUCAGGCAUUCUCAAUGGGAAAAAACUAAUGUCAUUGCUUGUAACGUCAAUUUCUCAUACAAUCAUCGGUCAAUUUCCAAAAUUUUGGUGGCAGGUUACGUGGAACGAAUUUCUCUGCCUCGAAAAUCAUUCGUUUUCCACGAGGUUUAUUUUAUACCUGCAAUAUGACGCCACAAAUUUGACAUUUGUGUUGGUCGGAAGAUUCCUGGCCGGAAACUCCGCUGUCUAUACACAGGCCUAAAACAUGUAAUAUUCGCCGUUCAGCACCAAAGUUGCACAAGAUUCAUAAGAAAUACAUUAAAUCAAUACACUUACAUGUAAAAAUGAUAGCCUUUCAGACAACAGUUAAGAGACACAACGAUUUUCCUCUCCACCGUGUAAAUCACAACAUCUAUGCAGCCAUAUUUCGAAGGGAAUGCGCACGCAACAUAUUUGUAAACGCGUCUCCGAUUGGUCACUUCUGGGGGCUCGCCUCUGGUGCCCGGCUUCCAACAGUGAAGUACCUGAAAGUCAGAAACCAAAACAGCGCCGUAUGUCAAAUGUGUAAUCUUCAUUCGCAUGUUUUCGUACACAGUUCUUUAAUAAAGGAAAAAGAUGGCAUUAAAUAGUGAGCAAUUAGCGGCAGUUGAUUGUAUUUCAAGUGGACACAAUCUUUUAUUAUUGGGAGCCGCAGGAACGGGUAAAACAUUUCUAAUAAAACACAUUUGUAAAACAUUAAAGUCUCAAAACAAAGUGGUCGCAGUUACGGCCACCACUGGAAUCGCAUGCUGUCUGUAUGACUCAGCACAAACAAUACACAGGUGGUCGGGCAUUGGGGACGGAAGGUUUCAUUGUAAAGAAAUAAGACAAGUUAUCAAGAACAAUGUCAAAUUUGCAGACGUGAGAAAAAAAAUAAAAAACACAGAUGUUCUUAUUAUAGAUGAGUGUUCGAUGUUGAGUAAGAACUUUUUUGAAUGCCUUAAUGAAGUUUGUAAACUGAAGGACGAGAAUCAACAUUUUGGUGGCAUCCAGCUACUGCUGUCUGGUGAUUUUAGACAGUUGCCACCAGUACCAAAUCCAUUAUAUGGUGAGCAGGGGGAAUUUUGCUUUGAAAGCAAUUUGUUUUCGAAAGUGCUGCCACAUAGAAUAACCCUCACAACAGUAUUAAGGCAAUCUGACACUGAACUUAUACAUGCUAUACAUGAAGUUUCAAUCGGAAAUGUAUCAGCGGAAACUGCAUUGUUUAUUGAAAGUUUACAGAGACCUUUAGAAAAAGAUGACAAUUGCAUUAAACUGUUUUCAAGAAAUGAGCAAGUUGAUGAUUACAAUAGGCAGUGUAUAGUGGAUUUUCCCGGUGAGUUAUAUGAAUAAAAAUCAACUGAUGAAGGGGAUCGCAAAUUCUUAAACAAAAUACUUGCACCGCAAACUCUUUGGCUUAAGAAAGGGGCACCUGUCAUGUUGCUACGUAAUCUUUCUGACAAGUUAGUGAAUGGUCUACGGGGAACAGUCGUUGAUAUCACUGAAAGUGGUCCAGUUGUGGAAUUCCCAUC